AUGGACUGGUGUUUGCUUCUCACACGUUCGAAAAGUCAGAAGAAACCGCGCAUACCAUUCCUCCACCGUCGACAACAACAAAACAACACAACACAAAGAUUCAUUUCCUCAAAGCAACUAAGCCACAACAUCCAAUCUCGGCUCAAAGCAAAAGCCCGUAAAAAGCUGCAGCGGAAACUUCUUCGCGACCGGCGACUUCUGCGACCACUUCCACUGCCUCAAUCCCACAUCGAAAACGAGAAGCAUCGGCGACCCAUAACUGUGUAUAUAUAUCAACUCAUCCGUGCCACUGCUGGCAAACACAUCGUCCAGCUCACCAAAUCCCUGGAAAUACUUAUGCGGGACCCGCGCCAUUUCCAUCCACUCCUUCCCUUCCAGGGCCCACACACCUAUCCCCUUAAUAAUACCCGCUCGAUCAGCCUUCCCAAUUCCCCCCACCAUCACAAGCUUCCCCCCAACGCCCAUCAAACGCCCGCACGUCAAAGCGCACGGCACAUUCACAAAACUCCCCAUCAAAGCCCCCCUCGCGGGCCGGGCCCUGAGAUUGUAAGCCAGGACUCCAUGACGGGCCUCGGGCCCAACAGAGUAGAUCAAGAAAUAUAG